CAGCUGCGCCUGCGCAGUGAGCUUCAGAGCUCGCAGGUCAGGUGCGGGGAGCCGGCGGGCUGCGCCGCGGCGCGCGCGAUGAUGGCGGCGGCCGGGGCCAGGGGAAGCGGCAGCGGCAGCGCCGGCUCCGGCUCCGGCUCCAGCUCCAGCGCCUCGCGGGGUUUCUAUUUUAACACGGUCCUGUCACUGGCCCGUUCCUUGGCGGUACAGAGACCAGCAUCGUUGGAGAAGGUCCAAAAGCUGCUUUGCAUGUGCCCAGUGGAUUUCCAUGGGAUCUUCCAGUUAGAUGAGAGACGGAGGGAUGCAGUAAUCGCGUUGGGCAUUUUUCUCAUUGAAUCUGAUCUUCAGCACAAAGACUCUGUGGUUCCUUACCUUCUUCGACUCCUCAAAGGUCUUCCAAAAGUGUAUUGGGUAGAAGAAAGCACAGCUCGGAAAGGCAGAGGUGCCCUCCCAGUUGCAGAGAGCUUUAGCUUCUGCUUGGUAACUUUGCUGUCUGAUGUGGCUUAUAGAGAUCCUUCACUUAGGGACGAGAUUUUAGAAGCACUUUUGCAGGUUUUGCAUGUCCUCUUGGGAAUGUGCCAGGCCUUGGAGAUUCAAGAAAAAGAAUACCUUUGCAAGUAUGCCAUCCCAUGCCUGAUAGGAAUCUCACGAGCUUUUGGGCGUUACAGCAGCACGGAAGAGUCUCUCCUUUCAAAGCUCUUUCCCAAAGUUGCUCCUCAUUCCCUCCGAGCCCCAGAAGAGCUGGAAGGCACCAGACGGCGUUCCUUCAAUGACUUCCGCUCCAUCCUCCCCAGCAACCUCCUGACCGUCUGUCAGGAGGGCACCCUGAAGAGGAAAGCCAGCAGUGUGUCCAGCAUUGCUCAGGUCAGCCCUGAGCGUGGCAUGCCCCCUCCCAGCUCCCCUGGAGGAUCCACCUUUCACUACUUUGAAGCCUCUUGCCUGCUUGAUGGGGCUGCCCUGGAGCCUGAGUACUACUUCUCCACCAUCAGUUCCAGCUUCUCAGUCUCUCCUCUUUUCAAUGGCAUCACCUGUAAGGAAUUCAACAUUCCACUAGAAAUGCUCCGGGAACUCUUAAACUUGGUGAAGAAGAUUGUUGAAGAGCCUGUUCUUAAAUCCCUGGAUGCAGUUGUAACCAGCGUGAUAGAGGCCAGCCCCAGCACUGAUGUCUACUACUCGUCCUUCAGUGACCCCCUCUACCUGACCAUGUUCAAGAUGCUGCGUGACACUCUGUACUACAUGAAGGACCUCCCAACCUCCUUUGUGAAAGAGAUCCAUGAUUUUGUGCUGGAGCAGUUCAACACAAGCCAGGGGGAGCUGCAGAAGAUCCUGCAUGAUGCAGACCGGGUCCACAGUGAGCUGAGUCCUCUCAAACUGCGCUGCCAGGCAAAUGCUGCCUGCGUGGACCUCAUGGUGUGGGCUGUGAAGGACGAGCAGGGUGCAGAAAAUCUUUGUAUCAAGCUGUCUGAGAAGCUACAGUCUAAGACAUCUAGCAAAGUCAUCAUUGCUCACUUGCCCUUGCUUAUCUGCUGUCUGCAGGGUUUGGGCCGCCUGUGUGAGAGGUUCCCAGUGGUGGUGCACUCAGUGACACCGUCCUUGAGAGACUUCUUGGUCAUCCCGUCUCCUGUGCUAGUGAAACUCUACAAGUACCACAGUCAAUACCAUACAGUUGCUGGUAAUGAUAUAAAAAUCAGUGUGACCAAUGAGCACUCUGAGUCAACCCUGAACGUCAUGUCGGGCAAAAAAAGCCAACCUUCCAUGUAUGAGCAGCUCCGGGACAUCGCCAUCGACAAUAUCUGCAGGUGCCUGAAGGCUGGAUUGACAGUGGACCCUGUGAUUGUGGAGGCCUUCCUGGCCAGCCUCUCCAACCGGCUCUACAUCUCCCAGGAGAGUGACAAGGAUGCUCACUUGAUUCCUGACCACACAAUCCGAGCCUUAGGACACAUCGCAGUGGCCCUGAGGGAUACUCCAAAGGUCAUGGAGCCAAUUCUGCAGAUCCUGCAACAGAAAUUUUGCCAGCCACCCUCCCCUCUUGAUGUGCUCAUCAUCGACCAGCUAGGCUGCCUGGUUAUCACAGGAAAUCAAUACAUCUACCAGGAAGUGUGGAACCUCUUCCAGCAGAUCAGUGUGAAGGCCAGCUCUGUUGUGUACUCAGCCACCAAAGAUUAUAAGGACCACGGCUACAGGCACUGCUCCCUGGCGGUGAUUAAUGCACUGGCCAACAUCGCAGCCAACAUCCAGGAUGAGCACCUGGUCGACGAGCUGCUCAUGAACCUGCUGGAGUUGUUUGUGCAGCUGGGGCUGGAGGGGAAGCGAGCCAGCGAGAGGGCCAGUGAGAAGGGACCGGCCUUGAAGGCUUCUAGCAGUGCGGGAAACUUGGGAGUCCUCAUUCCUGUAAUAGCUGUGCUCACCCGACGAUUGCCGCCCAUCAAAGAAGCUAAGCCUCGGUUACAGAAGCUCUUCCGGGACUUCUGGCUCUAUUCCGUGCUCAUGGGAUUUGCUGUGGAGGGCUCAGGACUAUGGCCAGAAGAAUGGUAUGAGGGGGUUUGUGAAAUAGCUACCAAGUCCCCCCUGCUCACCUUCCCCAGCAAAGAGCCACUGCGAUCCGUCCUCCAAUAUAACUCAGCCAUGAAAAAUGACACCGUCACCCCUGCUGAACUGAGUGAGCUCCGCAGCACCAUCAUCAACCUACUAGACCCUCCUCCUGAAGUGUCUGCCCUCAUCAAUAAGCUGGACUUUGCCAUGUCUACCUAUCUCCUGUCUGUGUACCGGCUGGAGUACAUGAGGGUUCUGCGGUCAGCAGAUCCUGAUCGCUUCCAGGUGAUGUUCUUCUACUUUGAGGACAAAGCUAUUCAGAAAGACAAAUCUGGGAUGAUGCAGUGUGUGAUUGCUGUUGCAGACAAAGUCUUUGAUGCCUUCCUGAACAUGAUGGCGGAUAAAGCCAAGACCAAGGAGAAUGAGGAGGAACUGGAGCGGCAUGCCCAGUUUCUGCUGGUAAACUUCAACCAUAUCCACAAGAGGAUACGGAGGGUGGCAGACAAGUAUCUGUCAGGUCUAGUGGAUAAGUUUCCCCACUUGCUCUGGAGCGGGACCGUGCUGAAGACCAUGCUGGAUAUCCUGCAGACCCUGUCUCUGUCACUGAGUGCUGAUAUUCACAAGGACCAGCCUUACUAUGACAUUCCUGAUGCCCCCUACCGGAUCACAGUUCCUGACACGUAUGAAGCCCGAGAGAGCAUUGUGAAGGACUUCGCGGCCCGCUGUGGGAUGAUUCUACAGGAGGCCAUGAAGUGGGCGCCCACAGUCACCAAGUCCCACCUGCAGGAAUAUCUAAACAAACAUCAGAACUGGGUGUCAGGACUGUCCCAGCACACAGGGCUAGCCAUGGCCACUGAGAGCAUCCUUCACUUCGCCGGCUACAACAAGCAGAACACCACGCUCGGGGCAACCCAGCUAACUGAGCGUCCAGCCUGUGUGAAGAAAGAUUACUCUAACUUCAUGGCAUCCCUGAAUUUGCGCAACCGCUACGCAGGCGAGGUGUAUGGGAUGAUCCGGUUUUCAGGCGCCACAGGCCAUAUGUCUGAUCUGAAUAAGAUGAUGGUACAGGACCUGAAUUCAGCUUUAGACCGAAGCAGUCCUCAGCAGUACACACAGGCCAUGUUCAAGCUGACUGCGAUGCUCAUUAGCAGCAGAGAUUGUGAUCCCCAGCUCCUCCACCAUCUGUGUUGGGGUCCCCUCCGGAUGUUCAAUGAGCACGGCAUGGAGACGGCCCUGGCCUGUUGGGAGUGGCUGCUGGCCGGCAAGAAUGGAGUGGAAGUGCCGUUCAUGCGGGAGAUGGCAGGGGCCUGGCACAUGACAGUGGAACAGAAGUUUGGCCUGUUUUCUGCUGAGAUAAAGGAGGCAGACCCACUGGCUGCGUCAGAAGCAAGCCAGCCCAAACCAUGUCCCCCUGAAGUGAGCCCCCACUACAUCUGGAUUGACUUCCUGGUACAACGGUUUGAGAUCGCCAAGUACUGCAGCUCUGACCAAGUGGAGAUCUUUUCCAGCCUGCUGCAGCGCUCCCUAUCCCUGAAUAUCGGUGGGGCCAAGGGCAGCAUGAACCGGCAUGUGGCAGCCAUUGGGCCCCGCUUCAAACUGCUGACCCUCGGGCUGUCCCUCCUACAUGCCGAUGUGGUUCCAAAUGCAACCAUCCGCAACGUGCUUCGUGAGAAGAUCUACUCCACUGCCUUUGACUACUUCAGCUGUCCCCCAAAGUUCCCUACUCAAGGAGAAAAGAGGCUGCGUGAAGACAUAAGCAUAAUGAUCAGAUUUUGGACCGCCAUGUUCUCAGAUAAGAAGUACCUGACUGCCAGCCAGCUUGUUCCUCCAGGUAACAUUGGCCUUACACCUGCCUGGCUACUGCUUCUCCACCCUGAACUGAGAGGCAUGAGUGAACUAGCACAGGAGGCCAUUGAGCCAUUCACUGCAGCUGCUCCCAGCACCAGCUCCUGCUUAGUUCACAGGUUUAAGAACACAGAAGCCAUCGGGAAUGAAGUGACCCGUCUGGUUCGGUUGGACCCAGGAGCUGUUAGUGACAUCCCUGAAGCCAUCAAGUUCCUUGUCACCUGGCACACCAUCGAUGCUGACGCUCCAGAGCUCAGCCACGUGCUAUGCUGGGCACCCACGGACCCACCCACGGGCCUCUCCUACUUCUCCAGCAUGUACCCACCACACCCUCUGACGGCGCAGUAUGGGGUGAAAGUCCUGCGGUCCUUCCCCCCGGACGCCAUCCUCUUCUACAUCCCCCAAAUCGUGCAGGCCCUGAGAUACGACAAGAUGGGCUAUGUGCGGGAGUAUAUUCUAUGGGCAGCAUCCAAAUCCCAGCUGCUGGCACACCAGUUCAUCUGGAACAUGAAGACUAAUAUCUAUCUAGAUGAAGAGGGCCACCAGAAAGACCCUGACAUUGGCGACCUCCUGGAGCAGUUGGUGGAGGAGAUCACAGGCUCUCUGUCAGGCCCAGCCAAGGACUUCUACCAGCGGGAGUUUGAUUUCUUCAAUAAGAUCACCAAUGUGUCUGCCAUCAUCAAACCCUACCCUAAAGGCGAUGAGAGAAAGAAGGCUUGUCUGUCGGCUCUGUCUGAAGUAAAGGUGCAGCCAGGCUGCUACCUGCCCAGCAACCCUGAGGCCAUCGUGCUAGACAUCGACUACAAGUCUGGGACCCCAAUGCAGAGUGCUGCAAAAGCCCCAUACCUGGCUAAAUUUAAGGUGAAGCGAUGUGGAGUCAGUGAGCUUGAGAAAGAAGGGCUGCGGUGCCGCUCAGACUCUGAGGAUGAGUGUGGUGCGCAAGAGGCAGAUGGCCAGAAGAUCUCCUGGCAGGCGGCCAUCUUCAAAGUGGGAGACGACUGCCGGCAGGACAUGCUGGCCCUGCAGAUCAUCGAUCUCUUCAAGAAUAUCUUCCAGCUGGUCGGCCUGGACCUCUUUGUUUUUCCCUACCGAGUGGUGGCCACCGCCCCUGGGUGUGGGGUGAUUGAGUGCAUUCCUGACUGUACCUCUCGAGACCAGCUGGGCCGCCAGACAGACUUCGGCAUGUAUGACUACUUCACACGCCAGUAUGGGGAUGAGUCCACCCUGGCCUUCCAGCAGGCCCGCUACAACUUCAUCCGCAGCAUGGCCGCCUACAGCCUGCUGCUGUUCCUGCUGCAGAUCAAGGACAGACACAACGGCAACAUCAUGCUGGACAAGAAGGGCCACAUCAUCCACAUCGACUUUGGCUUCAUGUUUGAAAGCUCCCCAGGUGGGAACCUGGGGUGGGAGCCUGACAUCAAGCUGACAGAUGAGAUGGUGAUGAUCAUGGGAGGCAAGAUGGAGGCCACACCCUUCAAGUGGUUCAUGGAGAUGUGUGUCCGCGGCUACUUAGCUGUGCGGCCCUACAUGGAUGCAGUUGUCUCUCUGGUCACUCUCAUGUUGGACACGGGCCUGCCCUGUUUCCGCGGCCAGACAAUCAAGCUCUUGAAACACAGGUUUAGCCCCAACAUGACCGAGCGUGAGGCUGCAAAUUUUAUCAUGAAGAUCAUCCAGAGCUGCUUCCUCAGCAACAGGAGCCGGACCUACGACAUGAUCCAGUACUAUCAGAACGACAUCCCUUACUGAGGAGGGCCUUCCAAAGCCAGAGCCCUCCCCCUGGGUGCCCUGAAGUCACCCAGCUAUGUGACCACCCCUUCCCUACCACUUCAUCCGCUGGAGUUGUUUUUAAUAGGAGGGAAGAACUGCAGCCCAGGAGCCCUGUAGUCGCUUCUGCCUCAGAGGUGGCAUACGGCCAAGUAGCUUAGGGAUACCACAGACCCAAAUGACAAUCUACGAUGGUGCUGUCUACGCACAGGUUUAAAUCCUCUUGUUUGCACUGGACACAUUCCCAACCUGUCUUAUUUCAUAGGUACAUGAAGUAUUUUCUUGUGUAUAAAAAAAAGUUAUAUUCAAUCUAAGAUUUAACCAACAUGGUCAAAAUAAAAACCCAAAAGAGUG